AUGGCUUCAUUUGAUUUCCAAUCACUGUUUACGAAUGUUCCCGGUCGGGAGGUCAUACGUAUCAUGUGUGAUCAUGUGGAGCAAAACCAACUGAAAAUCGGUAUACCAGUAUCAGUUCUGGUACGACAAUUACUACUGUGCACAACAAACGUAUCGUUCUCCUUCCUUGGUUGGGCUUACAGACAAAUUGACGGUGUCGCAAUCCGAACUCCAUUGAGCCCCAUUCUGGCACAUAUGUUUUUGGCUCAUCUUGAGGAAAAGGCGAGCAAAAUCCUCGAACGUUCACAACUUUACAAACGAUACGUUGAUCAUGUUCUAGUCAUCACAAUAAGUCUAGAAGAGACAACAUGGAUUAUGGAUAAACUCGAUCGCCUGCAUCCGAAUAUACGAUUUACGAUGGAAACAGAAAUCGAAGAUACACUGCACUUCCUCGACAUUAAAAUGACUAGGAAUAAUGAUGGAACAAUGGCCAGAUCUGUUUACCGAAAAGAAACCUGGACAGGCCAAUGCUUGCAAUUUGACAGCUUUGUGUCUGUGGAAUAUGAACGUGGUCUGGUCCGAACACUAUUUCAAACAGCACGACAUAUCUGCACAGAAGACAUGAUUGACAACGAACUACGACAGCUGAAAGAAUCUUUGACUAGAAACGCUUAUCCCGAUGCGUUUAUCGAAAAGCACAGCAAGCCUAAAUUGAUCAGACAAACGAAUUGUUCAGCAGAAAAACUACUAGUCACCAUUUGUCUUCCAUUCAUACGUGAUGACAUCAAUUGCUUGCUCAAACGACCACUUGGAUCAGCGCUUGCCCAAAACAAAUAUUAUGCACCUGACCUCAGAAUUAUUCAUCGAACGAUUGAGAUCCCCACACCCUCGGUGAAACAACGUCCACCUCUGUACACCAAAUCGAAUCUGAUUUACCAAUUUCAGUGUAGUUGCGGAGCAACCUACGUGGGUCGAACAGAGCGCCAGUUACGUAACCGAGUGAUUGAAUAUAUUCCAAAUUGGGUACAACGUUUUGUGAUGCAAUCAGGGUCAGAUCAAAGGCAUAAUGACAACGUUCGAAACCAUAAGAUCCCGUCGUCGGCUGUCGGCCGUCGGCCGUCGGCCGUCGCUCGUCAUCUUCUGAUGACGCAACAUCCAGCUGACCGAAGCACUGCGUUUCGGGUCAUUUACGUGGCAAAGAAUACCAGGCUUUUGAGACAAAUUGACGGUGUCGCAAUCCGAACUCCAUUGAGCCCCAUUCUGGCACAUAUGUUUUUGGCUCAUCUUGAGGAAAAGGCGAGCAAAAUCCUCGAACGUUCACAACUUUACAAACGAUACGUUGAUCAUGUUCUAGUCAUCACAAUAAGUCUAGAAGAGACAACAUGGAUUAUGGAUAAACUCGAUCGCCUGCAUCCGAAUAUACGAUUUACGAUGGAAACAGAAAUCGAAGAUACACUGCACUUCCUCGACAUUAAAAUCACUAGGAAUAAUGAUGGAACAAUGGCCAGAUCUGUUUACCGAAAAGAAACCUGGACAGGCCAAUGCUUGCAAUUUGACAGCUUUGUGUCUGUGGAAUAUGAACGUGGUCUGGUCCGAACACUAUUUCAAACAGCACGACAUAUCUGCACAGAAGACAUGAUUGACAACGAACUACGACAGCUGAAAGAAUCUUUGACUAGAAACGCUUAUCCCGAUGCGUUUAUCGAAAAGCACAGCAAGCCUAAAUUGAUCAGACAAACGAAUUGUUCAGCAGAAAAACUACAAGUCACCAUUUGUCUUCCAUUCAUACGUGAUGACAUCAAUUGCUUGCUCAAACGACCACUUGGAUCAGCGCUUGCCCAGAACAAAUAUUAUGCACCUGACCUCAGAAUUAUUCAUCGAACGAUUGAGAUCCCCACACCCUCGGUGAAACAACGUCCACCUCUGUACACCAAAUCGAAUCUGAUUUACCAAUUUCAGUGUAGUUGCGAAGCAACGUACGUGGGUCGAACAGAGCGCCAGUUACGUAACCGAGUGAUUGAAUAUAUUCCAAAUUGGGUACAACGUUUUGUGAUGCAAUCAGGGUCAGAUCAAAGGCAUAAUGACAACGUUCGAAACCAUAAGAUCCCGUCGUCGGCUGUCGGCCGUCGGCCGUCGGCCGUCGCUCGUCAUCUUCUGAUGACGCAACAUCCAGCUGACCGAAGCACUGCGUUUCGGGUCAUUUACGUGGCAAAGAAUACCAGGCUUUUGAGACAAAUUGACGGUGUCGCAAUCCGAACUCCAUUGAGCCCCAUUCUGGCACAUAUGUUUUUGGCUCAUCUUGAGGAAAAGGCGAGCAAAAUCCUCGAACGUUCACAACUUUACAAACGAUACGUUGAUCAUGUUCUAGUCAUCACAAUAAGUCUAGAAGAGACAACAUGGAUUAUGGAUAAACUCGAUCGCCUGCAUCCGAAUAUACGAUUUACGAUGGAAACAGAAAUCGAAGAUACACUGCACUUCCUCGACAAUAAAAUCACUAGGAAUAAUGAUGGAACAAUGGCCAGAUCUGUUUACCGAAAAGAAACUUGGACAGGCCAAUGCUUGCAAUUUGACAGCUUUGUGUUUGUGGAAUAUGAACGUGGUCUGGUCCGAACACUAUUUCAAACAGCACGACAUAUAUGCACAGAAGACAUGAUUGACAACGAACUACGACAGCUGAAAGAAUCUUUGACUAGAAACGCUUAUCCCGAUGCGUUUAUCGAAAAGCACAGCAAGCCUAAAUUGAUCAGACAAACGAAUUGUUCAGCAGAAAAACUACUAGUCACCAUUUGUCUUCCAUUCAUACGUGAUGACAUCAAUUGCUUGCUCAAACGACCACUUGGAUCAGCGCUUGCCCAAAACAAAUAUUAUGCACCUGACCUCAGAAUUAUUCAUCGAACGAUUGAGAUCCCCACACCCUCGGUGAAACAACGUCCACCUCUGUACACCAAAUCGAAUCUGAUUUACCAAUUUCAGUGUAGUUGCGGAGCAACGUACGUGGGUCGAACAGAGCGCCAGUUACGUAACCGAUUGAUUGAAUAUAUUCCAAAUUGGGUACAACGUUUUGUGAUGCAAUCAGGGUCAGAUCAAAGGCAUAAUGACAACGUUCGAAACCAUAAGAUCCCGUCGUCGGCUGUCGGCCGUCGCUCGUCAUCUUCUGAUGACGCAACAUCCAGCUGA